AGCUGAUUGACGCGUCGCGGUCGUUGGUAGGGGUUGGCGCCGGAGGGCGUCGUAGACUUUGAUAAUAGAUCAGGGUGGGGUGGAAAGAAGUGAUUGUUAUUAUUUCAGGGCACAUGCAGGUAUGAUGUUAAUGUUGGAGCAUCUUUGGGGUCUGCUCAACUGGUACUUGCGGCCAUUUUUCAAGUGGCUCCUGCACAAAACAACUCGUCUAUGUGAGAUGCAGCGGAUAUGUUAUGGUCAGAAACCUGGAGCAGCACGAACAAGACGAGUUGAGGAAUCGAUGAUGCGAUCUCGCACCAAAACCAUCAUCGAUUUAGUCGCCUACCUAGAUCAGAAGUCCAGCAAACGACAGUUUCUCGGGCCGUCCAGGGCGAUGGUCAUCGACUAUUCUGUGUUUGCUAUCCUCAAGGUCAAACGAAUCAAGCCGGAUAUACAUGCCCAGUUCGUCAACUCGAUGUCGGUCUGCCUGGACCAGAUCUGGGGCUACCGGCAGCUGGCGGCUGAGCUGGAGCACCUGCGCCGCACGCCGUACGACGCUGCGCUGCCCGAGCACGAACACAAGCUGCACCAGCUCUGGACGCUCCUUCAGCCAGAUACGAAGCUGGCGGCGCGCAUAUCGCCGCAGUGGAAGGAGAUCGGCUUCCAGGGUGACGACCCCAAGACAGACUUCCGCGGCAUGGGAAUGCUCGGUCUCGACAACCUGCUGUUCUUCAGCCAGCGUUACACGACGGUGGCGCGACACGUGCUGUUGCACUCACAUCACCCGACCUUCGGCUACUCUUUUGCCAUCGUAGGCAUCAAUCUGACGCACCUGGCGCUGGAGCUGGUGCGCAGCGGGCAGGCGCGUGCCCAUUUCUACAACGUUUGCCAGCGGCACGUCACCGUCGAGACGUUCCACAGGUUCUACUGCUACCUCUUCUACAAGUUCGACGCCUUCUGGCUGGCGGCCAAGCCGCGGGACAUUAUGGAGUUUGGGAGGAUUCGAGACAGGUUUGCGGACACGAUGCGCCAGGCUUUGAAAGAUGACAACGUCAAACUGAAUAUGAAACUGGUGGUGCAGAACGUUUGAGCAGUUCUGUUUGUGCGUUUGGGGGAGAGGGUCGAUAUGUCCCCAUGCCACCGUCUUACUGUUCGCUUGGUCUCUGUGCUGCUACGUAGCGCGGUGCCGUCGUGUGGUCUAUCCCAAAAUGCCCAGUUUAGGGCCUCCAGUUUUGUUCAGUCACUAGCGCUCUGUGAUGGUCAUCAGCAAGGUUUAGCCCAAUGGGAUGGAACGAGCGUAGAGCUCUCGGGAACGUGCACUGGCGUGACCUCGUUGGAACCCACUGCCAUGAUGGCUUUGAAGGCAGCCUUGUCUGAACGGUCGCGGCUCGACGCCGCUCGGCCCGUAUCAGUGGUGUGAUCGGCCCGUAUCAGCGGUGUGUGCGGACGCGGCCGACCGUGGACUCUGCUCUUCGAACGGUCUUUUAUCAGCUCGAGUGUCUAUUUGUUCUUUGGUUUGGUCGGCGAUGCCCGUUUCCGUGGAGCUCGAGUCCGAUCGCUGUCUUCACCCGCUGUAGCCACGGCCGGCGUGGUCUCCAGCUCUGGCGUCCUCAAACCGGGAGCGCGCAGGUCAUUUAGGCACGCGCAAAAUGCGGUUUUUACCCCAACAAGAUCACUUUAUCUCUUAGUAAUGAUGAUGGCUCUGGCACAUUGAAACGAGGCGUAGUGAUAAUUGGGUAGAAUCUCCGCCGAACCGUUGCGUCAUUUUGUGAGUAUGUUUGUGUGCCCUGUCUAGUCAACUGUGUUACGUUAGGCGAUGCCAGUCAACUCUUGUGAUACACACUGUGCACAUAUCAAGGAUGUCACGGACGCUGCGAACGCCGUUCAGUUUCCCGUUUUGUGGCGACCUCAGGUGCUGUUUGUCACUAGGGAGGGGCACCGACCGCGCUAGUUCCAUUAUUUGAGGGUACAUUAUUUGUCCAUGAUUUGCUCGCUGGCGUGGGUGAGUGGAAGUAGCGAUAAAAAUUGUGAAUCAAACGAAAUAAAACA